AACACGCAAUUUUAUGUGUUAUUGGCUCGCUCGUUGUUAUAUAAACCGGGCGAUCAUUAGCACUGGGUAGUGUAAUAUACGCCACAGCGUUGUAUAGUGACGCUGAAGACACCAUACAGGAAUCCAGUUAAUAGCUGUUCUUGGACCACAAACUACAGCAUUUGUUGCAACACUGCUGUGUUUAAAUAAAUGGCAAAGGUCGCUACAGAAGCGGCAGCACCUGCCGCCAAAGGCGGUGUGUGGAACCGCAAUGAAAAGCAAACUGACGUUCGCAAACAGAACAUCGUAGCUGCACGUGCGGUGGCUGACAUGAUACGCACGUCCCUAGGACCCCGGGGCAUGGACAAGAUGAUCCAAGACGGUAAGACUGGAGUUACAGUCACUAACGACGGUGCCACUAUACUGAAGGAACUGAAGCUAGUACACCCAACAGCACGAAUGAUGGUGGAACUCAGUAAGUCACAAGAUGUGGAAGCGGGUGAUGGUACCACAUCGGUUAUUGUGGUCUGCGGAGCACUACUGGAAAUGGCAGAUAACCUGCUAAAUCAGGGUAUACACCCACAAACCGUGGCAAGCAGCUUCAAGCUGGCAGUAGACAAGUGUGAUGAAAUACUUGGCGAGAUAGCAAAGCCGAUAACACUGGAGGAUAAGGAUACACUGACCAAUAUCGCCGAAAUAUCGCUGCAUUCAAAGGUAGUAUCUACAAACGCAGCGCUGCUAGCACCAAUCGCUGUAGAAAGCGUCCUUGCAGUUAUGGACCACAAGGACUCAACCAACGUAGAUCUCAAGAAUAUACGCGUAGUCAAGAGUAUAGGAGGCACGGUUGAAGAUACCGAAAUGGUAAAUGGACUUGUGUUAACGCAGCAGAAGAUUGUACGAACUGCAAGCGGGCCCACAAGAAUCACUAAUGCUAAAGUGGGACUCAUCCAAUUCUGCCUGUCGCCACCCAAGACUGAUAUGGAAAAUACAGUAGUAGUCAAGGACUAUCAAUCAAUUGACCGUAUAAUGAGGGAAGAAAGGCUUAUAACAGCACGCAUGGUAAAGCAGAUAGCAGCCACGGGGUGUAAUGUGUUGUUAAUACAAAAGUCGAUACUCAGGGACGCAGUCACCGAUCUGUCACUGGACUACCUAGCUAAAGCUAAAAUCAUGGUAAUCAAGGAUAUCGAAAGGGACGAUAUUGAAUUUAUUACCAGGACUAUUGGAUGCGAGGAAGUUGCAAGUCUGGACCACUUCACCGCAGAUAAACUGGGUAACGCAGAACUGGUGGAGUCAGAAUAUGAAGGUGGCCAGCAAAUAGUGAAGAUAACUGGAGUGAAUAUGAAGAAAACGGCAUCGGUAUUAGUUAGAGCAUCGAAUUCAUUGAUGCUAGAUGAAGCGGAACGGUCAUUACACGAUGCACUGUGCGUGGUUAGGUGCCUAGUCAAGAAACGAGCUGUAGUAGCAGGUGGUGGCGCAACGGAAAUGGCACUGUCACAAAGAUUAGCCAAAUGGGCUAAGACACUAGACGGUGUCGAACAGGUAUGUGUAAAGGCGUUUGCAGAGGCCUUGGAAGUUAUCCCGUACACCCUAGCGGAAAAUGCAGGACUUAACCCAAUGAUGGUCAUCACCGAACUUAGAAAUAAACAUGUUGACGCACAGGGAGCGGGAUAUGGAAUUAAUUCAAAGAAGGGCAUUGUAGCAAACAUGAUGGAUGAUAACAUCAUACAACCAAUGCUAGUCACGCUGUCAGCAAUCAAGCUAGCAGCGGAAACCGUCAUGAUGAUCCUCAAGAUCGAUGAUAUCGUACUGUGCCGCUAAGUAGUGACAAAUAUUUAAU